AUGAUUCUCAAACUGAGGAAGAAGUUGAUCUUCUUCGCGGUCGUUUUAAUGCUAAUAUCCACUAGUUUGUUAAUACAUUUGGGGCUUUCAAUGACGGAUAUGAUUUAUAAUCCAAGUAAGAUGUUCGUAUCACAUUCGUCAUCUAAUAUUAUAGGUGACAUCUUGCCUUUUGGUAAGAAACAUCUAACAAAAGAGUCAUUUUACAAGGAUUUAUUCCUGGCGCUAGAGAAGUUUAAGCCACCCAAAGGGCCCGAAGACAAGAACUCGCUAAAGGACAAAACAUGUGACUUGCAUGAUGUAUCAUUUGGAAGCACUGAUCCAACUGACGGGGAGUAUUUAUCAUAUGCAGCCCGUCGAAAGUGUUUUAGACCAUCAGAAGUAUCAACAGCAGAACUAAAGAAGAGCCAUUUAGGUUUCAUCAAACAUAUUAAUCGACACUUAACGGUCGACACAAAAUCAGCAUUAUUUAAUGAAUUAUUUCCAAAAGAGGCUGGUAUUGUGACAGUUGGUGGUGGCAAGUAUUCGAUAUUAGCAUUGACUAUGCUCCGAGCAUUGAGAGAGCAUGGAACUAAAUUGCCAGUGGAGGUUCUGAUCCCUGAAGGUGACAUAGGUGACAUUCAUUUCUGUCGCGCUAUUAGAAAAUGGAAUGCUGAAUGUAUUUUGUUGCCAAAAGCGUUGCCAAAUACAGUUUCCAAAUUGCACGACUUUAAGUCUUACGAGACAAAGCUGGCAGCCUUAUUACUCAGUUCGUUUAAGGAUGUAAUUCUAAUCGAUGCAGAUAAUAUCCCAAUCAAGCCACUUGAUGAUGUUUUUGAGAGUGAGCCGUAUAAGGAAACAGGACUAAUUUUGUGGCCCGAUAUUUGGAGGCGGCAAACCGCGCCUGUUUUUUAUGAAAUUGCUGAUAUAGACAUUGAUUUUAGAAACCGCAUAAGGAAUUCAUACGAUGAUCUUUCACCACCGUCUCGAUACAAAAAUCCUGACGUUCCAAAUGAUGCUAAGUAUAACAUGGCACAUGUACCCUUGCAUGAUCUAGCAGGUGCAAUACCUGAUCUAUCCAGUGAGUCUGGGCAGUUAUUGGUUAAUAAAGGAAAGCAUUUGAGCACUUUAUUGCUUGCAUUAUACUAUAACUACUACGGAGAACAAUGGUUUUACCAAAUGUCUUCUUUGGGCACUUCGGGGCAGGGUGACAAGGAAACAUUUAUAUUUGCAGCUCAUGCAUUAAAGAAACCUUACUACCAAGUUAAAAACCCAUUGCUCUUUGAUGGUUACUUUGGCGAUGAUGGUUCGUUCAAGGGCGUGGGCUUGUUGCAACAUGAUUUUACUCAAGACUAUGCCAACUGGAAAAAGGCUAAAGAAUAUAUGACUGAAAAUAUCGCACAUCUAGGAACCUAUAAUUCUGACUACAACGUAAACCAGGAUUUCAAAGAUGAAAUGUUACAUCACAAAGAUUUCGAUGGUGUAGAUAUUAUGUUCAUCCAUGCCAGCUUCCACAAGCUUAUACCAUGGGACCUCUAUCGAGAAAAGAUAUAUCUAGACAAGUCUGGAAAACAAUUUAGAUCGUUUAAGAACUUAAAGAACAUAAACUACUUCGAUGUCGAGCUUUUUGCGUUCGAAGGUCUUCAGAAAUAUAUCUGCUCCGAUGAUGCCAUUAAGUUCGAAUACCACACUCUCCAGGUUACCAGUACUGAGAGUUUUAAUGCCAUGUGCGCUUACAUCGACGACCGAGUCAAGAUGUUGAGGGAAACACAUGAAGAAGCCAUUUCUUCAAACGAUAAAUAA